AUGCCGACUUUUGUUGAGUGCGCCAUUUCCAAGCCGGGCGACAACAAAAGUUGCCAUGGGUUUGCGGCAGUGCAACUCGGUUAUGGGCGGCCGCAGCGCGAGGUUACCCGCGUCAGAGGUUCCAAGUCGAUCUUCAAGACUAUCAUGCGUCUCCCAAGCUUGGAAGGGAAAUACCACUUGAUGGUGUCCUUUAUGGUCCCGACGUCGGUGCUUCUUCAAGAUCCCAAGACGUCGAUGGUCAAGGUCCAGUUCCGACGAACCCCCAACGCCGCCGAUUAUGGAGAUGUCCUUGGACCCGGAUUGGCCAUAAACGAAACUCCCCUCCAUAACUAUGACCAGGUCGUCAUCACCCGAUACCCGCCUAGGCUGCGGGGCAUCCCAACCGUGUAUGAAUUUCCCAGGACAUUACCUCCUCCGGAUCUGUCGGCUAGUGCCACCAUCUCAGCUGGCAUGGACGAAAUACGAUCCGAAAUCAUCCCCCUCACCGCACGCCUCCAGUUCACAUGCCGUGAACUGAACUCUUGUCUCGCAAAAGGUUACACAGCCCACUACCACCUGGUAUCACCAUGUACAUACCUCAUCACCCUCAGCGGUAGCUUUACCGUGAGCACCUAUGACAUCAAGUCCAUGUCUGAGUCGCUCUUUGUACAUAGAGACGGACCAGAAACAUGCACAUGGGAAUCAAGUUUCCCUUUCUCCUUCCCGCUCCUCACAGAUAUAUUCACAGCAGACCUCAUCACCGGCCCUGUGAGUCCUGAUAACAACUCCAUCGAGCUACUGGUCAGAACCAUUCGCCCCGCGGAUAUCCGGGAAAUCGGGGCCUCCCCAUCGUGGAUUUAUCCCAUCCUCCUUUCCCCCCCUCUCCCCCACUCUGCUUCCCCAGUACCUUAUUCCUCAGUCACACCAAUUUCAUGGUCCCUCCCCUACCUCCCCUGCAUCGACGAUCUCCCAGUCCUUGACAUCCAAAAACUUCGCUCCUCCAGCUCCUCCUGGCGUCGCUUUAACCUCUGGCUCAAAAAUCACACUUACACCCUUUCCCACUGGGAGCACGAACACACAGAGACGCAACCGGAAUCCCUACAAGAGGACUUGCUAAGCAUUGGCGAGCUGUCCUGGUUGCAAUGGAAGAAGAUGGUUCGGGGCAUGAUUUUGGGGUUCACGGCAGCUGUCGGGAGGAGGCAGACUAUCUUUGCUGUUUGUCUGAGAGGUGAUCGACAGAGGGUUGUGAGCAUGGUCUUCUUUGUGUCGUGUUUGAGGCUGGACGUGGCGAAUCGAUGCGUGCUGCUUGAUGGGGCAGUUCUCGUGCGAACGGCGGAGACAGCUGCCUUGAUUGAUGGGUUGGAGAAGGUAUUGGACGAUUGUGCGGAUGCUACUGCGCCGGCGUGGACGGAAGCUGAGCUGGACACAUCCCUUAAAUAUUUCAACACUACACGUGAAGGCAUCCACCUCUGGAAGGAGAUCCUCCCGGCUUAUGUCGAGCGGUGCCGAACUUGGGAGCAUGACGCUGAAAGGUGCGAGUAUCUUCUCCGCGCCGGUGCAACGGGAGUGAUCAUCCCGAUGGAUGAUGAUACCGAGGAGUCCUCGGUCCUUUGCAGCUGUGGUAAUGGACGAGUCCCGGGCCAUGAUAACGUCCCGCAAAAGGUGUGGGAGAGGAUCAAGAAGCAUUUGGUGAGGGUCGCUAUCUCCCCUCCGUUCGGAUGUCCAUUUGUGGAGGAACCGUAUGUCCCGGAGACGAAGAAGAAUGUGAACAACCCGACUCCGCGGCCGCCACCUCCACCCAAAGCUGUGUGCAGGAACCCAAACUGUAAAAGAAAGGAUGGAAGAGAGUUGGAUCAUACUUGUCCCGUUUGUGAGAACACCAAGUACCUCUACUGUUCCAGGCCGUGCCGUAAGGCUGAUACAGCGAGGCACAAGAAGGAGGAGUGUCAGGGUGGAAAGGGCAAGAAGAAGUGA